CCCUCAUUGUUCAUCGGAGCGUUACUCGGCUUCGCUUCGCUCUCGAUCCAAGCUAUCAUGGCCGUGAGAGCGCUCCGGCCACUGUACGUCGGGCCUCGAAUGCCCUCCGGUAAUGGUGGAAUCCAUCGCCAUCUCGCAUCUCAUUCUUCAACCCCUAUCCGGUGCCCCGGUGUCUCUCCUUUUCCUCUUUUGUUUCCAUCUUAUUCUCGAGAAUCCCGCCAAGAAUUCCGACGUCUAAGAGCCUUCGGAGGAUCCGAUCAGGUAAAUGGCAGAGGAGAUCAACACCUUGGGCAUUCUAAUUCUUUAGAUAUAUUCUCCUGGGCACGGCCGUUAUUGGACUUUGCAGCUAAAAAUUUCCUCCCUUUAGCUCUUGUGUGUGGAGUAGCUUUUGGGGUUGCAGAUCCUACCCUUGGUUGUCUUGCCCACAAGUAUUCUCUGUCUAGAGUCAGCACCUUUGGAAUUUUCUUUAUAUCAGGGCUUACACUGCAGAGUAGAGAAAUUGAUGCUGCUAUUGAAGCAUGGCCUGCGGGACUGUUUGGUCUAAGUUCUAUCUUGUUGUUUACUCCUCUUUUUUCAAGGCUUAUUUUGCAACUCAAGUUGGUGCCCCAAGAAUUUGUAACCGGAGUGGCUGUAUUUUGCUGCAUGCCGACAACAUUAUCAAGUGGAAUUGCAUUGACACAACUUGCUGGGGGAAAUUCUGCUCUUGCUCUUGCAAUGACAGUGAUAUCUAACAUGUUAGGCAUCAUGAUUGUGCCAUUUUCACUUUCAAUAUUUAUAAUGACUGGACGAGGGGUAUCUGUCCCCACCUUGGAAUUAUUCAGAAGCCUGUUCAACACUCUUUUGGUUCCUUUGGUUCUAGGGAAGAGGUGCCAUAAUGUCAAGGACGACUUUGAUUGCAUACCUAUAUGGGUACAAAAUUGUCUGAACAUCUCUAAGGUGUUGAGGGACAUUCUUAGUGGUGUGGCAAAGUUUGUUGACCAAAACCGUCACUCUUUGUCAAUGGCAAGUGCUCUACUUCUUAGUUUGGUACCAUGGAUACAAGUGAGCAGAUCAAGACCAUUACUCUUGUCUGUAAAUCCAGCUUCCUUUGCCAUUGCUAUUAGUUUGGGGGCACUCUUACAUCUUGCUCUGUUGGCACUAAACAUGCUCGCGAUGCGGAGCCUCUCAGCUCUUUCCGGUGGUUCCCGGUCAGUUUUUUCAAAGAAAGAUAAUGCACGCGCUGUCAUCAUUGUUGCCAGUCAGAAAACUUUGCCUGUGAUGGUAGCUGUCGUCGAGCAGCUCAACGGAGCACUUGGUGAAUCCGGAUUACUGAUCCUUCCUUGUGUUGCUUCUCACAUCAUCCAGAUAAUCAUCGACUCUUUUCUUGUGAACAUGUGGACCCAGAAAGAUCAGCAUUCAAAUGAAACCAAGGAAGUCUAGAGGCAAAUAAACUGAUCUUUGAUUACUGAUACUUUUUAUGCCUCUUUUAGGAUUGAAAUACACCAUAUAGAUUUCCUUCCACCAAGUGGAAUAUAAUGGACGCAUUCUAAUUGUAACUUUUCUUGUGUAUUUAUAUGAUUAUUAUUACAUCUUUCUGAUAUCAUUAAUAAAUUAACAUUUUUCUAA